AUGGUCGCCACACGUCGCGGAGCAAAGGCCGCCCCGGAGGCCGCGCCUGCCGCGGCCACGCUGUCUGCGCCGCCCAAGCGCGGCAGGAGGAAGGCUGUCGUUGAAGACGCCGCCGAAGCUGCGCCCGCUGCCACAAAAGCUACCAAGACAAGCACAGCCACAACAAAGCGCAAGGCAAAGGCCGAACCUACACCUGACCCGGAGCCGGUAGUGGAAGAGGCUCCCACCGCGAAGAAGACAGCCGCAAAGACACGCGCAACACGCGGCUCCAAGGCCGAGACACCAGAAGAGCCCGCAUCUGUGGCCCCUAAGAGGGCGACGCGUGGUCGCAAGGCCUCGACACCGAUUGUCGAAGAGCCCGUGGUCGAAGAGGCGGCCGAAGACGAAGCAGCCAUGCCACCGCAGCCCGUCGUCAUCCAGGUCGCGACGCGCGCGCGCAAGACGCCCGGGAAGAAGACACCGGCGAAGAAGGCCGCGCAGCCUGCCGUGAUUGUCGAAGAGCCCAUCGCGGAAGAGGAAGAAGACGAGAAAGAGGAGGAGGAGGAGGCGCCCAAGACAGCGGCACGCACACGCAGAGUUGCCAUCGAGGAGCCCGUCCCAGAAGAGGCGCCCAAGCCUGCGUCGCGAGCACGCAAAGCGCCCGUCAGGAAAGCACCCGCUGCAAAGGCUCUCCCGGCCGCCCAAGCCCCUGCUGUGGAGAACCCAAUCGCCGCCGAGCCCAUCAAGCCAGCAUCGCGGGCGCGCAGAGCAGCAGCGCCUCUCGACAACGCGCCCGUGCUCGCACCCCCCAGCAAAGCGACACGCACCACGCGCAACGCCGACCUCCCGCCUGCCUCGCCUCUCAAGGCGCCCGCUCGCAAGUUGACAAAGAAGGCCACGCCAGCCAAACCUGCAAAGGCCGCUGCUGAGGAGCCAGCACACGUUGAGGCGCCCACCAUCGAGAAAGCCACGCCUGCACCUGAGCCCGUCGAGGAGCCUUUUGCGCAGUACCCUGCCGUUCCCUCCACACCUGCGCACUCGGUCGCUCCCCUGACUAACAGACGCGCCAUGUUCGAGCUGCCACAGUACCCAAAGACGCCCGCACACAUUGUCGCGCCCAUGACAUCCAAGGCCGCCCUAGCAGAACUGCCCGGCUAUCCCAAAACACCUGCUCACAUCAGGGCUCCCAUCUCCAACAAGGCUGCAAUGGCUGAGGUGCCAGGCUACCCCAAGACCCCAGCACAUAUCCACGCACCUGUCCCUGCCUCUCCUGACACCGACGUCUUGAUGACGGAGAUGCCCAACUACCCAAACACCCCUGCCCACAUCCAGGCUCCUAUCACAAAUAAGGCGGCACUCAACGAGAUGCCCAGCUACCCAGCAACACCGGCUCAUAUCAAGGCGCCUUUGUCCGCAAGGGACGCGUUGAAUGAGCUGCCAGACUACCCCAAGACUCCUGCACACAUCAAAGCGCCUUUGAGCUCGAGACAAGCACUCGCUGAGCUGCCAGACUACCCCAAGACACCUGCACACAUCGUCGCACAGUCUCGUUUGAGCGUUGUUGAGGAGGCCUCCAUGGAAACGUCGGCGACUCCAAAACACACAGCUACGCCUGCCUUCGUCUUUGCAGCGCCUUGCACACCAGCCGCGCAAUGCUCGCCCGCACACGUUGCGAAGAAGGAGAGCUUCACUCCCCACUCUGCAGCCCCUGCAGUUGUGUUCGAACAGCCAUGCACACCGCGAGCGCAAUCGUCACCGGAGCACGUCGCCAUCAAAGAGCACUUUACACCGCAUUGUGCUGUCUCAGUUGAACAGGCCCCAGUCGCCCAAGUCACAAGCGCGCCAGCUAGGGCAGUCACCCCUGUUCGAGCCUCGACGCCUGAAGUCACCCACAAGACACCAACCGUUGUAUUUGAAGCCCCCCAAACACCAUCAGCGCAAUGCUCGCCGGAACACAUUGCCAAAAAGGAGAUAUUUACUCCACACUCGCCAGCACCAGCAGUCGUUUUCGAAGCACCCUGCACACCGUGGGCACAGUCCUCCCCUGAACACGUAGCAAACAAGGAGAACUUCACUCCUCGAUCAGCAGCCCCAGUGACACCCGUCCGAGCGGCAAGCGUUAACAGGAAAGCGCUUGGCGAGCUCCCUGACUACCCGACAACGCCAGCUUUGGCUAUUGAGGCAGCCAUCCAGGAAGAGAUCAGGGCAUCAGCGAAGAAGCAGACUCCUUCGCCUUCGCAUUUCUCCACCCAGGACGCGUCUUUCGACGAGGCCAGCGAGGUUUCCGACCUCAGCAUAUCCGAGCUUGAGAACGAGAAUACGCCCGCCGAGAAGCCUCAAGUGCAAUUCGCACCGCUGCAGUUGAAGCCGUUGAUAUUGGCACCCCCGACAUCCGCAACACCCUUCUUCGCACCGCCGACUUUCACGCCGUCUGUCUUCACACCUCGCGCAGCCGCCACAUCAUUCUCCGCCCCAGCUCAGAGAUCGCCUGCAAAGACCGCCUCAUUCGCGCCCAGCACAAACCUCUCGGCAGCCCUCGUGUCGCCCAUGAAGUCCUCCCUCCGCUCGCCUGUGAAGUCUUCCCUGCGGUCACCCGAGAAGGCGAUUUUGAAGAGUCCAAAGAAGGCCGUGACCUGGGACGAUUCAGAGGAGCCCUCCCUCCUCUUCGAUGGCCCUCUCCAGGGUCUGACAUUCUAUGUCGAUGUCAUCUCCGACAGCGGCAAGAACCAGUCCUUCCUCUUCGAAACCCUGCUCACCGACCUCGGCGCCAAAGUCGUAAAACAGUGGACCUCCACGGGCAUCACGCACGUUCUGUACAAAGACGGCAAUCCUGACACCCUCCACAAGGUAGUCGCGAGCAAGGGAGCAAUCAAGGCUGUGAACGUCAGUUGGGCACUAGAGUGUGAGGCUAACAAGAAGCGUGUCGACGAAGGAAGGUACCUCGUCAACCUCUCCUCCGCGCUCCCGUCGAGCCCGAAACCCUCAACCAUGGUUCCAUGUACACCAGCCAAGACACCCUCCAAGUACGCGCUCCCGCCCUCCUCAGGCGAGCGCAGCCAGCCCGCAACCCCGACCUCGUCGGAAUUUGACCGCUCGAUCAACCUGGACGACAAGGAGAACUCCGAGCUCGGCAUCUACUUCGAGCCUGAUGGCAAGAUGGCGGUGCGCACGCUACCGCAGAAGAAGUCCAACUUCCUCAUGGGCAGGAGUCCAAUCAAGACGCCCAGCAAGCAGAGGAUGAUGACGUCCACACCCAUGAGGCCGUUCAGCACGACCAAGAAGAGGAGUGCUGAGGUGUUUGCAGGAAUCAGCAUGGCGCCGCCGAAGAAGUUGAGGCUGUUCUAG